UAUAUGUGUCCUGUCAUUGACCAUCCCUAUCUCCACUUUGUGUAUAUGUUCCUUCUAUAUCUUCUCAAAACUCAGUUGAGAACUUGAAAGAAAAGUUUUGUCAAAAACCCAGACGAAACCUUAUGCAAAAACAAAUUUAAUGACAACCUUCUCAUCAUCAUCAACGUGUUUCUCGACGGCAGCAGAUCGUGUGGUAGUUAACGAAUACAAUCACACAGCUCCAUUUCUCCAUACCGGCGGGGUCAUCUUUUCCGAUCAACCGGCCGGAAUCUCUCCCGCUCAUCAUGGGCAUGGCGAAGAAGUAUCCAACGGUGGUACUGGUACCCAUCUGAGCAGCCCAACUCUAGGAUUGUUCUUGCAGCAACCUUUGGCGGUUGAAAUCCCGAAAACGUCCUCGGUAUUCCAUUUCCCCCUAUUUGGGCAAAAUGGUCAUUUCACAAAUACAAAAACUAACUACCCUUCUAAGGGUUUCACUGAUUUCUGGCAUGCCAACACCAGAACUCAGCCCCUGAAAUCCGCUGGGGAAAGAGCGAUGUCGGCUAAGUCGUUAUAUCCGACAGCGCGACCUCCCGGUAAACUUUUCAGGGGCGUGAGACAACGGCAUUGGGGGAAAUGGGUGGCGGAGAUACGGCUUCCGCGGAACCGGACGAGGGUGUGGCUGGGGACUUUCGACACCGCGGAAGACGCUGCAUUCGCCUACGACACCGCGGCGUACAUGUUGAGGGGGGACUACGCCAACCUCAACUUCCCUGAGAUGAAGCACCGGCUAAAGGAUAGCUGCUCCAGUAAUGGCGGCGGAACCACGGCGGCCCUCAUCGAGGCCAAACUGCGAGCGAUAUCGCAAGGGGUUGUGGCCGGGACUGCGAGGAGGAAUGGUAGUAAUACCAACAAUAAGGAGAUGACGAAGAUGAGCGAUGAACGUCGUCUUACUCCACCACUUCCGGCGGCGGAGACGACGGUGGUGGUGAAGAAGAGGAGAACCGAAGGGGCGGCGGCGGUUCCACGGGAGAAUGAGGAAGUUGUUCAACUAAACAGAAUGCCAUCUUUGGACAUGGAUUCCAUCUGGGCUGAGCUGUUAUUAGUGUCUGAUCCUUAACUUCAAUUCAGAUCCAUCUCCUUUGCCAUCUCGCCUAAGUCUCUAACCAUUCUUAUUACUUCAUAUACUAAUUCUUAUUACGUAUUACUCCCUAUUAUAUUAUUAAUAUUAUCAUUAAUUAUCAUAAUUAUUAUCAUUAUCACCACCACCAGUCCAC